GCGCGCGUAACGUUUCUCGCCCAACCCCGUCUCCCUUCCCCGGAAGACGAAUCACGAGCACACGAUUCCCCCAAUUCUAACCCUAGAAACAGAGCGCAGGAGGGCCAGCCGCAACCGGGACAAAAGCGGAAACCACCCAACCCAAGCCUCGAUUCCUCCUCCAUCGCCGCGGCAGAAGCUCGAGGUCCAGAAGGGAGCGCGAGAAGCUCGCGUGAAGGACUCAACCAUGGCGAGCGCGGAUCUGCUGCGGAGGGAGGAGGAGUUCUACGAGUCCCUGUUCGAUUCCGCCAAAGGCGAUGCCGCUGCCGCCAAGACGCGUGGGCAGAUGAUCGAGAGGAAGAUUGAAGCCCUGGAGGACAUGGCAACCAAGGUUAGUAACCGGAGGUCUCGCAGAUGGUUGAAUGAUCGCUUGCUGAUUGAGCUCGUCCCUCGUCUUCAUGUUGAAGAAAUCAAAGGCCUCUUUGCCCCUCCGCCAUUUGGUGAGGAAGCACCACUGUCAGCAUUUUGCAGGACAAGUGUUGGUGAGUGGGAUGCCUUCAGGAGCAUUGACAUGGACGUUGAGGAAAGAUUUAUGCAACGGAUGAAACAAUCAUCAACUAAGCAGAAGAAUCUUGUGAAUGAAGAUGAGUCAAUUGUGCUGAAUGCUUGGCGUCGUAUAGAUUGCCAAACAAGAGAAGCUAUGAAGAGAAACUUCCUACCUGAACUGCUUGAAAUAUAUGAGGAACGGAUCAGGGCCUUCAUUGAAGACACCACUGAUAAAGAUGUGCUUGUGUUGAAUGUCCAGGACCCAUUUCAGAGGUUGCUAUUACAUGGUGUGUGCGAGUUCUACAACGUAACGUCUACAACCACGGGUACUUUGCAAGAUGGAAAGCCGUGGAAGACAACAACAAUCAAGAAGCGUUCAGGGACGGGUGUUGCCCCCAUGAUCACAUUGGUUAGUUUCCUGAGAACAAAGAAGAAUGGGCCUCACGUUGCCUCGUGAGGACUGGAAGCCCCAUAUUCCUCGGCCAAUACAAAGGAGUGUUGGCCAUGAGGCCAUGAUCAUGCUCCUGGGAGAAGCCAAAGUUGUUUCUUUAGGUUUUGCUUAGGAUGUACACAGAUGUAAAUUAAUUACCAAUUUACCAUGCUUCGUCUAAAGAGAUGACAAGGCAUGCAAGUGAUGAGUCACUUCGCAGCCAAGCAAGUACUGUACCUGUUUCGCGUUAAACCUUACCUUACCGCCAGAUUACUGGUGGUGGUGGCAAACAAUGGUUUUCAACUGACUUUUGAUUUA